AAAUUGUAGAAAUUUAUAUAGCUGACCGAUCCUUUUCAAACUUUCGGACAGUAAAAUAUAAUACAUAUUAAGCUUUUCCCAUAAUUGUACCUAAGGCCCCUCUGGCUUUAAUCCACUCAUUACGUUUUGUACAAUAUCUUCCCGUAAUAUAAUUUGAUAUGGAACACCCUUUUCUUGUGAAAUAGACUUGCGGACGAUGUCAUACAUAAACGAGAACGAGAAGGCGGAACGAGCGAGACCAGAUGGAGCAGGAUCUGCAGAGUACCGGGUGCCCGCGGAACUGGAGGCAGGCAGCCAUGGACCGAGGAAAUUGGCGAACCACGUUAUGCAGGCCAUGUCUUAGGACGUACGGCCAUCUAACGCAAAAAUUUACUAAUGAAUCCAUUAUGUACAUAACGGACGAAGAUUUGACGACGGUUGGCAUAACAGAAAUGGGACCACGCCUUAUCGUAAAAUCUGUGAUAGCAAAACUCAUAAUGACAUACAAGUCAGAAGAGCCAACAGCGGAGCCAUCUCAAUCAUCAAAUCAAUCAUCCUUUUCUUCGAUUCGUGACGCACUAAAAGGCAAUAAAAAGACCAUGAAAAUUUUGUACUGCAAGCUGAAUGCAAAGUUAAUACAUACACAUAAGGAGCUCCUUUUGAUAACCAGGGUGGUAUGCGCUGGAAUGGUUUCACAUCUUCUAAAAAACAAAAAAUACCCUUCUUUUGAAACCUUUCCAAUACUGCAGGAAACUAAAGUGGCAGAUUCGUCCCCGGACUAUUCAAUGUUCUUUUGGAAAAAUGGUGGACGCGGCCCUAACUUCGAACACACUGGUCUAAUCCAAUCGCAUAUCAGAAAAACUUGCAGAAAUCUUGCGCCAGAAGAACGAAAGUUAGUUCACAAAGCGAAAAAAAACGGAGAAAGUGCUCGUUUCCACGGAAGUUGUUCAAACAGCUCACGACUGCGUGCAAAGACCCGGUAUCUAAAAAUUUCAGCACGAUAAUUAAAUGUAUGAACGACACUCAUAGUCUUCACAUGAUGCUUUUGCAAGAGAAAAAAACUGUCAAAGAAAUUUUUGCUGUGUUCUCGCAUCUAAAAUCCUACAGUGGCGUUAUGAUCCAAAAGACAUACGAAAGAAUGAACCCUACACUUGAUAGAGAGUCUAAUCAGAAAAACGUCCUAGUAAGAGGACUAUUGAUUAAAAAUGAAACCUUCGCGACAGUUGGAGAUGAUAAUUUGCGAGGAUGUCUGAGAAUUCUGGUGACUCUGAGCAGGAAAGGUGUCAAAAGCCAAGGCGGAAUUGAAUGUUUGUCGGCCGAGGAACAAAUUGCAGCGCCACUGGUUAGAUGGAUUUCGGAUCAAUCAACAUCCCUUCCAGAACAACUAGCCAAAUACGUCGCAUGGAAUUUGGAUUCGCCCGUAGAUCCACAUUUGAUAACUGAUGGUACAAACUUUUACUUAUAUGUUGAAGGAGAGAUAGUGGAGUGUGGAACUUCAUCACUUCAUGCUAUGGACAUCCUCUUCAAAUGUUUUGCGUUUUUAAGUUAAAAGUUCCACCUUCUUUAAAAAGGGUUGUAGAGUUUUUUGAAAUUAUCACAUAUAAAAUUAAGUCUAAUAGUACAACACAAAGUGUAAACAGACUAGUAGCUAUGUUUAGAGAAUCAAUUGUUGCAGAGAAUUGCGAUUCUGACAAUUGAUGAUAGUAGUUAAGUUAUCCUGUAUUCGUUAA